UUCACCGGGUGUGGUGCGGCUGCGUGAAGCAAGUUCCUGGCUUUACUUUUUCGUAUGAAUUCAGUAAUGGAACCGCGUAACGAACUUGUUGUUAAUUUCUAAAAGAAACUUAUAAACAAUACUUUUAAUGUAAUAAAUUUAUUAUAGUGUGAAUAGUGUUAUAAGCAUUUCGUGUUUCUUGUUUAAAACAAAACAAAGCCAACCGUUUCCAUGGGCGUUAACUUCGGUUAAAAAUAAGUAUAAGACUGAAGAAUGAAUCUUAUAUACAUAGCUCCUUUACUGAUAUUGCAAACAUGCGCCGGGCAGGACUAUGCAACACCAACAUACAACACAGAUUACAACCAACCCAACCCAACAAAUGACUACCUCAAUACUAAUGACCCUAGAUAUGAUAAUCCGUAUGACCCAAAUCGGAGGUUCCAAAAUCGUAACCAGUAUGACAAUCCCUAUGCAACGGAUAAAAGAUAUAAUCAGUAUGAUAAUCGUAAUAGUGUAAAUCAAAAUGUAUAUGCAUCUGAGAAUACCCCUCGACCAGUCUGGGAUUCGAAUAUAAAUUUUCCACCAUUCAAAGCUGGUGAAUUGGAACAUGACAGUGUUAUUAUUAAUGAGGCUACAUAUUUUAUAGUAGCAUCAAAAAUGGUCCGUCCAGGUCAAAUAUAUAAAAUUUCGGCAAAUAUACUGAAAGCAAGAUUGCAGAUGACAAUAAGAGCUUCUAUUUCAUGUAAUGGAGUGGAAAUGGCUCAUGUUGUUGAGAAAGUGAAAGAGGGGGUACCUGAGAUUCUGAAUAUGAGGAUACCGCCAACAUCUGUACCCGGCGACUACAAGUUGCGUGUAGAAGGCCUCUACUUGGACGAUCCCUUUGGUGGAACGGCAUUCGCCAAUGAGACUCAGCUUGACUUCUCACAGAGGUUCAUGACUAUAUUCAUUCAGAUGGACAAACCAGUUUAUAUGCAGGGACAGACAGUGCGAUUCCGAGUGAUUCCAAUCAACACAGAAUUAAAAGCAUUUGGUAGAUCCAUAGAUGUCUUCAUCUUGGAUCCCAAUGGACGAAUCAUGAAAAGAUGGCUCUCCCGACAGAGUAACUUCGGCACAGUGAGCCUCCAAUACCAGAUGUCUGAACAGCCGCAGUUCGGCGAGUGGCGCGUGCGUGUAGAGGCGCUGGGUCAGACGGAGGAGGCCCAGUUCCUUGUCGAGGAGUACUAUCAGACUAGGUUUGAGGUGAACAUAACGAUGCCGGCGUUCUUCUUCAACACGGACGCGUACAUCCACGGGCGCGUGAUGGCGAACUACACGUCGGGCGCGCCCGUGCGCGGCAACCUCACGCUGCGCGCCACGCUGCGCCCCGUGCCGCAGCACCGCCCGCGGGACCCGCGCCUCGACCGGGAUCCCUUCGCGAGGGCCCGACCGAAUUACAACCCGUAUCUCUACAACGAGAGCGCAUACCAGCCCUUCGAGUACGGCCAAGAGGAGUACAACCAGCGCAACAUGAACUAUAGACCGGGGCAACCGAACCAAAUUGACCAUCCCGAUUGGUGGUACGAUCCGCAGAAGGUGGUGACGAGGAUGUUUAAUUUUGACGAAAAGUACCCAUUCUGGAUGCCAAAGCCCGACCCUAUUGAUUUCGCGAACAACGGCAACAACCUGAACUACAAUACCUACACCACUUCACCUUCAUACAAUUAUUAUAACACAAAGGGAUAUGAUCAGCUGCCGUAUUUGAGAUUUUUCAACGGCACAUACGACUUCAAGUACCCAAUGUCUGAAUUGGCUCAACUUGUGCCAUCUCUAGAUGGAGUGGAAGUGAUCAUCACAGCCUCCAUUGGUGAUCCGUUCCUUGAUGACGUUAUAGAGGCUUAUAGUAUAGCGAGGAUAUAUAAUUCUUCACUCUCUGUGACCUUCCUCGGUGGGGAGCUGCAGGUGUUCAAGCCGAGCAUGCCGUUUGAUGUUUAUAUGGUAGUAGCAUACCACGACGGUUCAAAGCUGCCCGCAUGGCAGGCGGCGGGCAUUUCCCUGGUAGUGACCGCGCAGUUGGAGGGGAGGGGCGGAGGCCUGGAGCCCUUGCGGCCCACGCUCGUGCCCGGACAUGAUGCUGUGUGGCAUUUGAAGAUUGAUCUGUAUAAACUUUUACAUCUGGAGAAAGACCCGAACUACCGCGAGACCCUAGACGGAAUUACAGGCGUGCGUCUCAAUGCACAACUCGCAGACGCGCGCGGAGGUCGGGCAAGUGCUGACGUGCAUUUGGUUGCACAUUACUCGCCCAACCAUCAUCAUAUACGAGUGUCCACUAGUACUACUAACGCGAGGGUUGGUGAAUACAUAAUAUUCCAUGUACAGAGCAACUUCUACAUGGAGACAUUCAGCUAUGUUGUCAUGUCUAAAGGGAUCAUACUCACUAGCGGCCAGGAGAAUAUGCAGGAGGGUGUCCGCACGUUCGCAGUGGCUCUGUCAGCUGAGAUGUCGCCCGUCGCCACCGUGGUGGUGUGGGCGGCGCAGAGACGGGCUGUAGUGCUGGCCGACUCGCUUACCUUCCCUGUUAAUGGCAUAUCUAGGAACAAUUUCACAGUGUCGAUAAACAACCGCAAGCACCGCACGGGCGAGCGCGUGGAGGUGGCGAUCUACGGCGAGCCCGGCGCGUACGUGGGGCUCUCCGGGAUAGACGCCGUGUUCUACACCAUGCAGGCGGGCAACGAGCUCACAUACGCUAAGGUGAUAUCAAAGAUGUCUCAAUUCGAUGAAGCCACGAACGGCACGUUCGCGUACACGUGGCGCUCGCACUUUGGUGAUGCGGAUGAGCUGGUCUACUUCCCGUCUACUAGCUUCGGGAUAGACGCUAAUCGAACUUUUGAAUACGCCGGUCUAGUGGUGUUCAGUGACGUCGCAGUAACCCGUCGGCACACAAACUGCAACCUAACACUCGGUUUCGCCGAAUGUCUCGACGGCAACUGCUAUCCCGUGGAGAAACAUUGUGAUGGAGUCACCGACUGCGCGGAUAGGACGGACGAGUCGCAUUGCCCGCGCGACACGUCGUACGAGCUGAGCCACUUCCGCAAGUUCCGGUUCAGCCGCGUGCAGCGGCAGUACGACAACGUGUGGAUGUGGCGCGACGUGAACAUCGGGCCGCACGGCCGCUACGUGUUCACGCUGGACGUGCCGCAGGUGCCCGCGCACUGGACCGUGUCCGCGUUCAGCAUGUCGCCCGCGCUGGGGCUCGGCAUGCUGCCCGCGCCGUGCACUUACAUCGGCGUGCUGCCGUUCUUCAUCAAGGUGGAAGGGCCGGAGCAGUGCCGGCAGGGCGAGCAGCUGGGCCUGCGCGUGGCCGUGUUCAACUACCAGCAGCAGGACAUCGAGGCGGUCGUCGUGCUGGAGGCCUCGCCGCACUACAAGUUCGUGCACGUGGAGGAGCACGGCAUUGUCCGCUCCUACAACCCGCGCACGUCGUUCGGCGAGCACCAGUUCUUCGUGUACAUAUACGCGGGCGACGCGGCCACAGUGCACAUCCCCGUGGUGCCGGCCACACUCGGGGAGAUACACGUGCACAUACACGCGACCACACUGCACGGCGUGCACAGAGCUACUAAGACGAUACGCGUUGAGGCGGACGGUCUCCCUCAAUACCGGCAUCAGUCUGUCCUACUCGACCUCUCGAACCGCGCGUACGUGUUCCAAUACAUGCACGUGAACGUCACGGAAACACCAAUCAUUCCAUAUGAAGUGGACAGAUAUUAUGUCUUCGGGUCGAAUAAAGCGACGAUUUCGAUUGUGGGUGAUGUGGUUGGACCCCUGUUUCCGACUAUGCCGGUGAAUGCGACCAGUUUGUUGGAUCUGCCGAUGGAGUCAGGCGAGCAGAACAUGUUCAGUUUCGCCGCGAACAUGUACCUAACGCUGUACAUGCGUCUCAUCAACCAACGCAACCGCACGCUCGAGCGAGAUGCGUUCGCGCACAUGAACGUGCUGUAUCAGAGGCAGAUGUCGUACAUGAAGCCGGACGGGUCUUUCUCAUUGUUUAGGAGUGAUUGGAACCAAUCUGCAUCAAGUGUUUGGCUGACGUCCUUCUGCGCUAAAAUCUUCCAAGAUGCAUCUUUCAACGAAUGGGAGAACUACAUUUACAUUGAUCCUAAUGUGAUAUCUAUGGCGGUGUCGUGGGUGUUGGAGCACCAGACCCCGGAGGGUGCGUUCUACGAGGUGACGUGGCUGCCGGACCGCAACGCUAAUGCAACUAUAGACGUGCCGAAGGACAGCCAGCUGUAUAGGGAGGCGGGUGCACAGUUACGGGGGAGAGAGGUGAACAACUCAAUAAUAUUGGAGCGGAAUAUAUCGUUGACUGCGCAAGUCGUUAUAACACUGGAAUCUGUCAAGAAUCUCAAGGAUAUAGGCGUCAGAGAGGGUCUGUCGGCGCGCGUGGCGACGGCGCAGCAGCGCGGCGUGGCGUGGCUGGAGCGGCACCUGCGGCUGCUGGGCGAGUGGGCGGCGCCCUACGCGCUGGCGCUCACCGCCUACGCGCUCGCCUGCGCCAAGGCGCCCAGCGCCGAGCACGCCUACCGGCUGCUCAAGCGGCGCCAGCGGGCCGAAGGUGGUCUAAUAUACUGGGGUCAAGAACCAGUGCCAGCGCCGCCAUACAAAAUGGAAAAUCAAAAGCCUUUCCUCUUACCGCGACUACCUUACAAAUAUGACUCGAACAACAUUGCUACAACUGCGUACGCGCUUCUUGCUUGUAUGGAUCAUCAGGACAACAAUGAAGCAAUCGUUAUGUGGCUGAACUCUCAAAGGCUCAAGGAAGGAGGAUGGGCGUCUACUCAGGACACGUACAUAGCCCUGCGCGCGCUGAUCGAGUACACGAACCGCAAGCGGCUGCGCGACGUGAGCGCGCUCAGCGUGAGCGUGGACGCGGUCGCGCUCAACGGCUCCACGCGCUCGCUGCGGGUGGACAACCACAACCUGGCCGUCAUGCAGAGCAUUGAGAUCCCGGAAGCGUGGGGCACAGUGAAGGUAACAGCCCGCGGCGCCGGUUACGCCAUACUGCAGAUGGCGGUGCAGUACAACGUGGAUGCGGCGCGGUUCCAAACGCCCCCGCCCGCGCGGGCGUUCGACCUGCGGACACGCGCGCACUAUCACGGGAGGAAUCAGUCGCAUAUCGACUAUCAGACUUGUGCUAGCUGGACGCUCCUAUCGGAGUCCCCCCGGUCCGGGCAAGCGGUGCUAGAAGUGGGCGUGCCCACGGGGUACUUAGUGCAACAACAACGCCUCGACGCGUACGUGCUGGCGCGGAAAGUGCCGCACUUGCAGCGGGCCAAGUACACGCCCACCAAACUUGUGUUUUAUUUCGAUUAUUUGGAGCAAGAAACAACGUGCGUGAACUUCACACUGGAACGUUGGCACCCGGUGGCCAACAUGUCGCGGUAUCUCGCGAUACGGGUCUACGAUUAUUACGCACCGGAACGAUUCAACGAGACGAUAUUCGACGCACUACCAACGUACCUACUGAACAUUUGCGAAGUGUGCGGCUCGUCGCAGUGCCCGUACUGCGCGGUGUACAACGCGGCUCGCGUCGCAUUCGCUUCGCUUUCGCUUCUCGCGCUCUGCGUGCUCGCGAGCGUGCUGGCGGGAGGGCAAAGGGCGGACGAUUUUGUACGGUGGUGAUUUUGAUGAUAAAUUAAGUAUAUUUGUGGUUUUUUUUUCAGGUGUAGAGUGGUUCAGUUUGAUGAAAUGUUCAGGUAUAACUGAAUAGUUUAAAAAUUUAAUGUCUAGAAAAAAAAUGAAAACAAAUAUUUGAAGAAUUGACAAGAUAUGUUUGCAAAAAAUACGUAUUUUUAUACGUCCUGAACUUGGUAACUAAAAUAAUAUGUAAAAGAAAAUAGAAUUGGUCGCAAAAAAUACCUACCUAUUUUUUAUACUUACGUCACAAAUUUGACGUCUUGUAAAAUAAAAUUUAAUCCUAGUGAAUCACUCUGUAUACUGAAUCUUAAUUUUGUUACUGUAUUAAUAUCUUCGUCCUGCACAUUAUUAGGACCUCCAAGUGACUAUUUAGUGCAUUUAUUAUAAUAUGACACUAAUUAAUUAAUAAAAUAAAAAAGGCAUGAUCGUUUGCAAGUUAAUCAUAACAAAUUAUUUAAUCAAUAAAGAAUUACAUCUAUAAAGAAGUUAUUUUGGCUCUCUAAAAAUUUAUAACACGACAUGCCAAAAACGUGAAAAACUUAUAAAAGUAAAAGACAAUAAAUUAAAAAAAAGACAUUAAAAUUAUGGAACCUAAAACAAUAAUUAAAAAGCAUA